GCGCGGGGGGCGGGGCCUGUCGCGGCGGCAUCAUGUCGGAGCGGGAGGAGCGGCGGUUCGUGGAGCUGCCGCGGGACUCGGUGCGGCUGAUGGCGGAGAGCACCGGGCUGGAGCUCAGCGACGAGGUGGCGGCGCUGCUGGCCGAGGACGUGUGCUACCGGCUGCGAGAGGCCACGCAGAACAGCUCCCAGUUCAUGAAACACACGCGGAGACGGAAACUGACGGUGGAGGAUUUCAACCGGGCGCUGCGCUGGAGCAACGUUGAGGCCGUGUGUGGCUAUGGCUCCCAGGAUGCGCUGCCCUUCCGGGCCAUCAAGGAGGGUGAGUUGUACUUCCAAGAGGAUCGGGAGGUCAACCUAGUGGAGCUGGCCCUGGCCACCAACAUCCCCAAGGGCUGCGCUGAGACAACUGUGCGAGUGCACAUCUCCUAUCUGGAUGGAAAAGGCAACCUGGAACCACAGGGAGCUGUGCCCAGCGCUGUCUCCACGCUGACCGAUGACCUGCUCAAGUACUACCAACACGUCACCCGCGCAGUACUGGGUGAUGACCCCCAGCUGAUGAAGGUGGCCCUCCAGGACCUCCAGACUAACUCCAAGAUUGCUGCGCUCUUGCCCUACUUUGUCUAUGUGGUCAGCGGGGUGAAAUCAGUGAGCCACGACCUGGAGCAGCUCAACCGGUUGUUACACAUCGCCCGGAGCCUGAUCCAGAAUCCCUUCCUCUGCCUUGGCUCCUACGUGUGCAGUUUGAUCGCCAGCGUCAUGUACUGCGUCUUGGAGCCAUUGGCUGCCUCCAUCAACCCCCUCAACGACCACUGGACUCUCCGCGACUACGCUGCCAUGCUGCUCAGCCGCAUCUUCUGGACUCACGGCGAUUUGGUGAGCGGCCUCUACCACCAAAUCCUCCUCUCGCUCCAGAAGGUUCUGGCCGACCCCGUGCGCCCGCUCUGCUCCCAUUACGGCGCCGUGGUGGGGCUGCACGCCCUCGGAUGGAAGGCUGUCGAGCGGGUGCUUUACCCGCAUCUCCCCACGUAUUGGACCAACCUCCAGGCAGUGCUGGAUGACUACUCGGUCUCCAACGCCCAGGUCAAAGCCGAUGGGCACAAAGUCUAUGGUGCCAUCCUGGUGGCUGUAGAGCGGCUGUUGAAGAUGAAGGCGCAACAGGUGCCUGCACCGGUGCCCGGCACUGACCCACGGCACGAGGGCUCACCGCGGCACAGCCCCAAGCAGGAUGCUGAGGUGGGCUUUGGCCUCGGACGCACAUUGCUACAGUUGGGGAGUGGCAGCGGUGGGCCCCCAUCAUCAUCAUCACCAUCCUCAUCCCCCCCUGCACCGCCCGCUCUGUCGCUGCAUGACAUGUACCGGGAGCUCUAUGACUUCUUCGGUGACAGCUUGGCUGCCCGUUUUGGCACCGGUUUGCCACCAACCACCUCCCAGCCCCCCGGUACCCCUGAGGGCACCCGUAAGGACCCUCCGAGCUUUGGGGGUGAAGGGGCAGCGCGGAAGAUGCCGCAGUUAACAGCGAGUGCCACGGUGAGCCCUCGGGAGGAGGAGACCAUGCGGGGCGAGGCCGCGGGCCCGCGCCCAGCACUGCAUCGCACAACCAGCCUCCCGCGGCCCCGCGGGGCCCCCCGGCAGCCCGGGCACCGGCCCGGGGCUCGUGAUGUCUUCCAGAAGUGCCGCUUCGCGCCACGUGGAGCCCCGCGGUUCAGCUUCCUCAUCGCCGGGCGCCAGGCUGGGCGGCGCUGCCAGGGCCGCCUCUUCCAGACCAGCUUCCCCCAGCAUCACGGGCCCGGCCACGUGUCCCGGUACACCCAGAAACUGCCCAUGAUCGGGCGCAGCUCCCGGCCCACGCGGCGUUGGCCACGUGCGGAGUAUUCCCUCCAUCUCCUGCUGUGAGGGGGGAGCUGGUGUUGGGCCCCAUGGCACCGGGGUUUGCUGGUGGCAGGGCCUUCGGUGUGUCUUAGGGGUUAAUAAAAGGUGUUGAGCUCUGGG